AGAGGAUCAUCGGAUUAUACCCAGAACAGGGAGAUAGCGGAGAGCAAACCGAGGCGAGCCGCCCACUCCGCAAUAAAAGACAAGCACCAGCAGUUCGAAGAGAAGGAACCAAUUCUCCUUUCUUUGACCACUAUGUAGAUUUUUUUUCCCUAAAUGCCCCUGCCCCUUUCGUCCCUGUCUGCCCCUCCACCUCCCUCCUAUCCUCACCGCCGGCGAAGAAUAGCUCGAGAUUAUAUCAAAUCAGUGUUAGAAAACGAAAUUGUAUAAAGCCGUCGCCGUAGCCGCCGUUCUGAUAGACUCCGUCCGGCCUCCGUUGCCGGAAGAUGUUCAUCAGAGGGAGCUCCGGGAAGCGGAAGACCGGGACGGUGCCCGUCUACCUCAACGUCUACGAUCUGACCCCGAUCAAUGGCUACGCCUACUGGCUCGGCCUCGGCGUCUACCAUUCCGGCGUCCAAGUGCACGGGGUGGAGUAUGCGUACGGUGCGCACGAGCACGCGACGCCGGGGAUCUUCGAGGGGGAGCCGCGGCAGUGCCCCGGGUUCGUUUUCCGGAAGUCGAUCCUGAUCGGGCGAACGGACAUGGGGCCACGGGAGGUGCGGGCGCUAAUGGAGGAGCUCGCCACGGAUUACACCGGCAACACCUACAACCUGAUCUCCAAGAACUGCAACCACUUCUGCAACGAGACCUGCCUUCGCCUCACCAACAAGCCCAUCCCCCGCUGGGUCAAUCGCCUCGCCAAGAUCGGUUUGCUUUUAAAUUGCGUGCUGCCGGUGCAAGUGGCGGCGGUGAGGAGUCGGGGAGAGGAAGCCAGGGGAAGGCGAGAAGGGGAGAGGAGGAAGCUGAGGAGCCAUUCCACUCGAUUCCCUCCUUCCACCACUGCUUCUUCUGCUCCUACGGUGGCAACUAUUUCCUCUGUUCCCUCUUCGGGGACAACUAGAAGCCAUACAAGGAAACAGCGAUCUUCGUCAUCUUCUUCCCUAUUUGAGGCUUCCUCCACCUUAAAGGUCUAACCGCCGCCGGCCGCGGCGGCUGAGACUGAGAGUUUGGGGGAAUUCACUUGAAAGAAAAAAAAAAAAGAAAUCCCUUUCUUUUUUUUAAAAAAAGCUUUCUAUGUAUAUUUUUUUUCUAUUUUUCUUUACUGCACCAUUAAAUGCUACAUCUGUCUCCAUCUCAGCAAAUA